CUGGGAUUUGUCAGUCUCCAUGUUUGCAAAUUUCAGGCAAUUCUGGCCCGAGGAAAAAAAAGGGAAAAGGACAUAUUCUUUUAAAAAUAAACUUUAAAACCCCUAGAAGGAUGUUCCUGCAGAUUGUCAGGCUCAAUCCACCAUGGAGGGGCUUCUUGAACUGCAAAUUUAAUCAAAAGGAAAAGAUUCACGGUUAUACACACAAGCCAAAGUUUUGCUUUCGAGAGCUCUAACAACCAAGACCUUGAGCAUCUCUGACACAGCUCAGCAUUCUGCCUGGACAAUGGAUGAAUGGAGAGAGGAAGUUGAAGAGACCGCCAAAGCACGGGAGAGCAGAACGACAAACCUCAAUGAAGAUCUACGGAUUCUUCUUGUUGGGAAGACGGGAGGAGGGAGAAGUGCCACAGGAAACACCAUUUUGGGUGAAAAGAAGUUUGAGUCCAAAUCUUCACUGAAGACAGUGACCCAGACUUGCAGGAGAGAAGUCCGAGCAGAGAAGUGGGAGGGGAAACAAGUGGUCGUCAUUGAUACUCCGGCCAUUUUUGAUGCCUGCCUUACAGAGCAGCAGAAUAACCCAGAGAUCCAGAAGUGCCUCUCUCUCUGUGAGCCAGGUCCCCACGCCCUGGUGUUUGUGACGCAGGUCGGACGUUUCACCGAGGAAGACGUUGUGGCCGCCAAGAGGGUGGAGGAGGUCUUUGGCCCAGAGGCCACAAAGUACAUGAUCGUCUUGUUCACUCGCAAAGAAGACCUAGAGACAGAAAGCCUAGAGGAGUACAUAGAGUUGUCUGGAAACAGAGCCCUGCAGGAUUUGGUGAGAAAAUGCAAGGGCCGCUGCUGCGCUUUCAACAACAGAGGGAUGGGAGACGAGGAGGAGCUGCAAGUGAAGGAGCUGCUGGUGAAAAUUAAGCAGAUGAUGAUGGACAACCAGAAGAAGCCUUUCCUUGAGCAGUUUCCAAGAGGAUCUACAAGAAAUGCAGCCGAAAUGAAACCAGAGGAAGAGGCAAUGGACACAGAUGAAAGAGGACCAAGUGAAUUCCCUGAAGAAAGUCUGAAUCCGAUAGAUUCUUCCAGGGGAAAAGACUCCACAACCGCAUCCUCACCACUGGGAAGUCCUGGCCACACCACAUCAUUGGGGCACCCUGAGCCUCCCCAACCAACAGGACAGCAGGAAAGGAACCCCCUGCCAAUCUCAGGUGGAUCUGGGGCGACCGAUGGAGGGAGAAGGGCUCCAGGGAACCCCUUGGUCCCAGAGCCUGAGAACGUGAGUCGAUCCCACAAGGAUUCAGAAGUGCGGGUCGUCCUUGUUGGGAAGCCUGGUGGAGGAAGAAGUGCCACAGGAAACACCAUUUUGGGGCAGAAGACCUUUGAAUCCAAACUCUCUCCGAAGCCAGUGACCCAGACUUGCAACAGAGAGGUCCGAGCAGAGAAGUGGGAGGGGAAACAAGUGGUCGUCAUUGAUACUCCGGCCAUUUUUGACGCCUGCCUUCCAGAGCAGCAGAAUAACCCAGAGAUCCAGAAGUGCCUCUCUCUCUGUGAGCCAGGUCCCCACGCCUUGGUGUUUGUGACGCAGGCCGGACGUUUUGCUGAGGAAGACGUUGUGGCCGGCAAGAGGGUGGAGGAGGUCUUUGGCUCAGAGGCCACAAAGUACAUGAUCGUCUUGUUCACCCGCAAAGAAGACCUAGAGACAGAAAGCCUAGAGGAGUACAUAGAGCUGUCUAGAAACAGAGCCCUGCAGGAUUUGGUGAGAGAAUGCAAGAGCCGCUGCUGCGCUUUCAACAACAGAGGGACGGGAGAGGAAAGGGCCAGCCAGGCGGAAGAGCUGCUGUCUCUGAUUGAGAAGGUGGUUCAGGAGAAUAGGGACCAGCUGUAUCUCAUGCCGCGUACGAUGGAGAUGUCACUGAGGUCAGAGGGAAGGAAUCCUGGGGGGACUUCAAAGCAGACAGUAGCAGAGGAACCACCGCUGCCGAGGAAUGAACUCAGGAUUGUGCUUGUUGGGAAAACUGGAGCUGGGAAGAGUGAAGCAGGAAACGCCAUCUUGGGGAGUAAAAUAUUCAAAUCUCACCCAUCAUCUGUUUCAAUAACAUGCGUGUCUCAAAGGGGAAAGACUGUACGGGAUGGCAGAAAAAUAGUGGUUGUUGAUACUCCUGGGUUAUACGGUACCAAGGAUCAGCCAGUUGCCACUAACUGUGUCAAAGAAGUUAGAAAAUGUGUGAACUGGUGCUACCCGGGUCCACAUGCCAUUAUACAAGUAGUUCGGCUGGGCUAUUUCGGCCAAGAAGAGAAGGAGGUUGCUAAAUUAAUUCAAGAUAAUUUCAGCCUUAGAGCAAUGGAUUAUAUGAUCAUCUUGUUCUCUCAAAAAGAGUAUCUGGGAAAUACGUUUCUCAAGGAUUUUGUCGAAGAGGGUGACGCAGAUCUUAAGAGCUUGAUCGCUCAGUGUGGGGGGCGCUGCCUGGCUUUCAACAGCCAGGCUGAAGGGCAGGAAAGAGAAGAUCAGGUUAAGGAGCUGCUUCAGAUGGUUGACCAGCUGGUGGAAAAAAAUGUAGAAAGCCAAUAUUACUCAGAAGAGAUGUUAGAGAAGGACAAAGAAGAAUUGGAGAUGAUCAAAGAACUGGAGAGACUCAGAAAAGAAUCUAAUAAUGACAAAGCAGAAAUAGUGAGGCUCAGAGAAAAUCUAAGAAGGACAAAACAGAAAUAGCAAGGCUCAGAGAAGAAUAUAACAAAAUAUAAGGGUUUAUUCAAAACAAAAUAAAAACAAUCCUUCCAGUAGCACCUUAGGAUUUUUUUAUUUCGUUUUGACUGCGUCAGACCAACACGGCUACCUACCUGUAAGGGUUUAGUAUUUGACUAGAGACUUAGGUUCCACUGCUUCGUUGAUUUAGUUCUCCCAUGAAAAAUGCUCUCAUUGGCUUCCUGGCUCACAUUCAUCUUGUUUCCCACUUACCUCUCCCUUCUCCUCCUCUGGAAAUCCUUCAGUUCCUGCCAUUCAACUUGAGCUGUUUGGAUAUGGAUUGAUCUUAUGUGACAGCAACUCUGAGAAGUGAAAAGCUGGCAGUGGACCCUCCGGUUUCAGUUUAUUGUACUUGAAAUCUUGUUCCCAACAGGUCUCCUCUAUAGCCUUGUAACGUAAUCUCAUUGGAACAUAGCUGAACUACAGUGCUGCAUGCCAUGCCAAUAUCACAACAAAGCCUUGUCUUUGUCGUCCUCUCAUUUUCCUGGCAGUGAAUGACAGAAUCAACCACAAAACUCAUGGGAUAAUCUUGGGACAGUCAUGAUCUCUCAGCUUGGCCUAACUCACAGGGUUGUUGUGGAGGGGGAAGCCUUGAGCUCCUUCAAGGGAAGGUGCGAUAGGAGUGGAGCAAAUAAACAAAUAACGCCGCCCAGCUUGAUCUCAGACCCAGCGAGACUCUCUGCAAACAUUUCCUGCUCUGAUCCUUCCCUGUGGCUCCCCCUCUUUAGUUAUCCCACACAGAGAGAUGCACAGGCAACAGGUGUGGUGGUCAUGUGGGAUUGCUAUGAUGAAUUAUGAAGAUGAAACAGACCAUUGUGUCAGUGAUAAAAGCAUCGUUCGACUGGGUUUGGUUCAUGGGCACCAUUUCUGAUCGAAUCCCACAGGGCUUUGCAUCUCUGCCAUUUUCUCGAUGCCUGUCAGUCACAUACAGACCAUUUGCUUGCCAGUCAUCCUUUGUACGUAGCAUAAAGAUAAGAAGGUAACUUUGACGUAGCUUUGUUAAUCUUUAGGUAGAUUUUAGUGCCAGGCAAACAGUUUCAGUAUGGAAGUGGUAAAUGCCUAUCUUUCCUUUCCUGUGGUAAUUACCUCCAGGGUAUGUUAAGCACCUUCCUUUUUUGGCUUCCUGUUUAUCUGUCUUCAAUAUGCAUGGAUGCCUCAAGUAGUCAAAUAGUCUUCGUAGUUAAAAAGGUUUCCUGUUACCUGACUUUGCCCCACGUGGGGAUUUUUGAUAUGUCCAGAGAGAAUUUGAUUGGUUCUUACGAAUAAUAAUAAUAUUAAUAUUAAUAAUAAUAAUAAUAAUAAUAAUAAUAAUAAUAAUUUAUUAUUUAUACCCCGCCCAUCUGGCUGCGUUUCCCCAGCCACUCUGGGCGGCUUCCAACAGAAACAUUAAAAUACACUAAUUUCUUAAACAUUAAAAGCCUCCCUAAACAGGGCUGCCUUCAGAUGUCUUCUAAAAAUCUGGUAGGUGUUUACCUUUUUGACAUCUGAUGGAAAGGCAUUCCACAGGGCGGGCGCCACCACCAAAAAGGCCCUCUGCCUGGUUCCCUGCAACUUGGCUUCUCACAAUGAAGGAACCACCAGAAGGCCCUCGGAGCUGGACCUCAGUGUCCGGGCAGAACGAUGGGGGUGGAGACGCUCCUUCAGGUAUACUGGACUGAGGCCGAAUGCUGUGUUGAAAUUCCUUUGUUAAUAAAACGACCUGGGCCUGUGAGUGGCCAUGCACUUCCUCCCAGAGUCUUGCUGGACAAGUCUCGUGUCUGAUCUUUUACAUUAGUCAGGGUCCAGUUCUUCCGCUGCAUUCAGAACGCAACAAGCAGGUGUUCUUGGGGUUUCGUAAUGGAAGAUUAUGGCCUUGGGGUGAGUUUGUUUUUUUUAAAAAAAAUAUUUUCUAGGGCCACUUAACUGGACAGAGUCAACAUUUUGAUAAACCGCAAAAGAUCCUGGAAAUCUGCUUCUCUAGCUCAGCUGGCUGACGCUAGUGGCAUGGAGCCCCCCACCCCCACCCCCACCCCCACCCCGGGAGGCUCUGAUUCAUCAUCCCCCAGUGACUCAGGACCUACAAAUGGUAUAGCAGGGGCACCCAAAUGAAAAUGGGCUGCAUCAGUUACCGGUUGCAGUUUGGGGGCUCCGUAAUUGUGCAUUUUAGCGCCCCAAAGCUGGGAUGCCUCAUUUUUUUGGGGAGGAGGCAGUUUUGGCGUACACAGGUUGUGUUGACCACCACUCAGCUGAGACACCUAGAACUCCUUGGCUGAGCUGUGACCUGACGGGAACAUUCUCAGGUCCCUUUCCUCCUGGGGAAGAGAAGCAUUGCAAUGCAUUGGCUCCCGAAACGGUUCGAGAACCAAGGCACGG